AUGGACCCCCUUAGCAUUGCCGGAUUUACAAUCACUGUGCUCGACCAAUUAUGGAAGAUUGGUAACGGAACGGCGGAGCUAGUCUCCAACUAUCGAGACUUUGACACUGACACCAGAGCACUAGAGAGCAAGAUUCGAGAUGAGAACAACCGAACAAGAGCUCUGCAGCUGCUAUUAUUCGAACAGUCCAGUACCUAUGGAGGCAAGUCGCUCUUCGAACAAUUCGACAAAGAUGUUCAAGACCAGAUACAUGUCUUUCUUGAACAGGCAUCGGAUGUGUUAGAACAGGCCUACAAGCUUCUCGGUCGCCGACAGAAAGCCGACACUAAGGAUAGGGAUCUUCAGUCUCCAGCGAAACCAGGUUUUCUGGCAACACUCUCGCCAGCUCCCAGUAGCACUUCUUUGAGUUCCACCUAUUCAGUAUUGAAACGUCCCAGGUCGCUCCAACGGAUAAAGUGGUCUCUUGUGGACAAGAAGCGGGUGGGAAUUAUCGUCCAGGACUUCAGCGAACUGAACGGCAGGAUUCAUGAAAACAUCAAGUUGUGGUGUCUUGGAACAUCCAUAGGUGUCAAUCUCCAGCAUCUCAACCGUCUCGAAACUGAUGACAAUUCUCGAGCGCUAGGGUUUGACAUCGACGCAAGGCUUCAACUAGCUGCUAGCCAGAAUCAAACCACCGCUCAAAGCCUCGAGAUCAACGACCCCUCUCUACGGCAAUGUAUUGAGAAUGCCAGAUUAUUUGGAGACAAAUUUGGCAUAUUUCAAUGGGAGGGCAAGCCGUGCCUAGUCGAAUAUCGUUCUUACUCCCCAGAUUCGCCUGUUCCCAUACCACUUGACGACCGAACGCGGGAUCUUGUCGACAAGCUUGCCAACCUUCUUCACCAGCCCAAAGAGAUUGCAUUUAGGACACCGAGUUGCCAAGGCUGGAUGAGGCAAACGCCGCAAAACAGGGUCGCAUACAUGUUUUCUCUACCGGAAGCCACUAACCCCUGCCCGACUAGUCUCCUUGACGUUCUUUCUGGAAACAAUUCUCACCCGCCGUCCCUGAGUCAGCGAUUCUGUCUAGCAGUAAAAUUGUCUAGAUGUAUCUCGCAACUUCACCUUGUAAAGUGGGUCCACGAGAGCUUCCGCAGCGAAAGCAUUCUUUUCUUCCCAAUCAUCGACUCGGAAGAGAGCGUCACGUCUCUUGACAACAAUCUUGACCUGUCGGAACCAUGGCUUUUAGGCUUCGAGUUCAGCCGCCCAGAACAAUACUUCUCACACGGGCAUGCCGACGCAUGCUUGUCUCGGGAUAUCUAUCGACAUCCGGAGCGACAGCAAAAUCCGACUCAGAUAUUCAACAAGAUACACGAUAUUUAUGCUCUAGGCGUGGUUCUUCUUGAGAUUGGGCUGUGGCAACCGGUAUUGACCCUCGAGAAGUCCGGGUUUUCCAAAGUUCGAGACCCACACGCUAUUAAGAAGCAUCUUAUCAAGCAUGCGGAAAAGCGUCUUGGAGCUAAAAUGGGAGACAAGUACCAGAAGGUCGUUCUCAAGUGUCUGAAAGGGGACUUCGAGGUUGUCGAUGACACCAAAGAAGACCUAAAGUUGCAGCAAGCAUUCAGAGCAAACGUUGUGGAUCUGUUGCAAAGAUCGGCUGAUAGUAUUUAA